UCCCAGUUACAGCCCAACAUCACCAUCAUAUAGUCCUACAUCACCAAGUUACAAUCCCUCGGCGAGAUACAGCCCCUCCCUUGCAUAUUCGCCGACCAGUCCAAAGCUGUCUCCGUCUAGUCCAUACAGCCCGUCAUCUCCAAGUUACAGUCCAACGUCACCAUCGUACUCUCCAACAUCUCCAUCAUAUUCUCCUUCAAGCCCAACCUAUAGUCCCAGCAGCCCAUACAACUCUGGUACAAGUCCAGAUUAUAGUCCUAGUUCUCCCCAGUACAGUCCAAGUGCAGGAUACUCACCAAGUGCUCCUGGGUAUUCACCAUCAUCUACUAGCCAGUACACCCCGCGCACUAGCGAUAAAGACAACAAGAGUGUCAAAGACGACAAGACUGGUCGUUAGGAGAGAAGAAAGUUGUGUUACUUUUCACUUUAAUCUUUCUGUGCCAUAACUGGCUCUUUGGUCAUUACUGUGCAUUGUGGAGCAUAAGAUAGCGGUGCUGGUCAGUUCAAAAUAUUUUCUGAAGGAUACUGCCUUUCGGCAUCUUCCUAUUGAAGAUCCAAUCGUGUGAAUGAGUUCUUCUUCUCUUUGUA